AGGAGGACUGAGGGAAACGACGGUAGAGAAAUUGUUGUGUAUCGUCCGCUGAAAUCUUGAGCGUUUCUUGUGCUCUUUCGAUAAUCCACCGAGUUACAAAUCAACCGCCGCCCGACGCGUAUUUGCAACAGGGUUUAGUCUUGCCGUACUCACGCUAGAGAUGUCGGUGGUGCCUCCCAGUCGCUCGUCCACCGGCUGGCCGCGCGGUGGUGCCGUUCAGUUCGGGAACAAGUACAUCAGCGGGCCCGCUAAACCGCUCACCCUGGAGAGGACCAUCAACCUAUACCCUCUGACCAACUACACAUUCGGUACCAAGGAGCCUCUGUAUGAGAAGGACAGUUCAGUGGCAGCCCGCUUCCAGCGAAUGCGGGAGGAGUUUGAUAAAAUGGGAAUGCGGAGGACAGUGGAGGGUGUCCUUAUUGUCCAUGAACACAGGCUGCCUCACGUCUUACUUCUGCAGCUGGGUACCACUUUCUUUAAACUGCCUGGUGGAGAGCUGAGUCCUGGAGAAGAUGAAGUGGAGGGUCUGAAGCGCCUGAUGACUGAGAUCCUCGGACGGCAGGAUGGUGUGAAGCAGGACUGGGUGAUUGACGACUGUAUCGGCAACUGGUGGCGCCCCAACUUUGAGCCUCCACAGUACCCCUAUAUCCCAGCUCACAUCACCAAGCCUAAGGAGCACAAGAAGCUGUUCCUGGUUCAGCUGCAGGAAAAAGCACUGUUUGCUGUCCCCAAGAACUAUAAACUGGUGGCAGCACCAUUGUUUGAACUAUAUGACAACGCUCCUGGAUAUGGACCAAUCAUUUCCAGUCUACCACAGCUAUUGAGCAGGUUCAACUUCAUCUACAAUUAACUUGAGUGAGCAGGAGUCCAUCUGGCUGUCUCUGUGAGUGCAGCCCUGUCUGAGUGAAGCUUGAAGAUGAGAAACAAUGUGGUGAAAAAGACUCAUCUCUGGCUCAACUUUCACAGAAGAAAAGCUUGUCAUGUCAUUUAUAUUGACAGUCCGCAGGGGGGUUUAUACUGUUGUUGGAAGAAAAUGAAAAAGUCAUGUGUCAGUUUUUUGUUUUUUUUUUAAUCUUGAGAAACUGCUAGUUUUUGUAGUAUGCAAGUCUGUAUUCCAGUGUGUUCAGAACCUGAUUUUAUGUUGUCUCACAGGAGGCCACUGUUUGAUUAAACAAACUACAACACUGAGUUUCCUGUUGUUUUAACCUGUAACAAUGUUGUGUUUUUUUCUUUUUAAUAAAGCAGUCCUUUGAGUAUG